AUGCCCUCCACAGUGAUUCAGGACGACGUCAGCAAGUCCCUGCUCGAUUUUGUAGCAGACGGCAAAUACCCCGACUCUGAAGAUGUUAUAUCUGCCAAUGUCACCCCUGAUUUCCUUCCGAAAGGACUACAAGAUAUUUCAGUCGCCCGCGCACAGAUAGAAGAUGAAAUCAAUUCACUUAGCCGAGAUACAGCUUCGGACGUUGAUGGAUGGAUGUCUCAAGCUCGCCAGCUGCGUGCAGACAUUGAGCGAUCUCGAGAAACUGCACGUAAUAUCGUCGCCCAACACGAACGAACCCAGCCUCUGCAUGCCCAGGUCAAAGAUGCCGCUGCGAAAGUGCAGCUGAUGAAUACCGAACUCGCUUUCAAUGAAGGAGUUACACAUGUUCUGGAAGAGGUUCAGAAAUUUAAUGCCCAUAUUUCCAACGGCCGAAAAGCUGUUGAAGGGGAACAGAUCAAUGAGUCCAUUACGUCUCUCGAAGCCGCAGAGAAUUUUGUUCGAAGCUCGGACAUGUCGAGAUAUAGCAAUGUUGCAAGCUUAGUGCAAGGGAUGCUAUCCUCUUUGCGAAAUGAUAUUGCCAAUUUGUUACUGUCAUGUUGGAGUCGUCAGGUCCGAUUAGAUAAGAAUGAGCUGGAAAUCCGUCCGAAAGACGACACAGAGCAGUCCGCGCUAUCGAACCUUAUAACAUCAUUAUCUCGUCUUGACAUGUUUGACGCAGUGAAAACUUCAUUUCAGCAAGGGCUUUUGGAUAACAUAAUUCAGCCAAUUCUUAUGCUGAAGAAUCCAGGACAGAGCCGUGGUGUAUCUAUAGAUGACAAUGGUGUCCGUGUGGGCGAGCCUUCAUCCUCUUCAAUAUCCGACGUUAUCGACCGCAUUCUUUCAGUCCUUCAUUAUCUACAAGAAACCCUUCCAGCAUCAAUGUCGAAGUCAGUGGCGGAAGUAAUUAUACCAAAAACAUCAUCCAUGCUGAGUGGGUAUUGGCUCUCUCCUAGUAUUCCGCUCAACUUGAUGGAUGUCCAAGAUUUCGAGAGCACCUUGAUUCGAGUGACUGAAUUUACCGGUUCGAUUGAAAGUCUUGGGUGGAAAGGUCAAGAAGAGCUCGUUUCGUGGGUCAAUCAAUUUCCUCGACUUUGGCUUACCCGUCGAAGAGUGGAUUCCUUGGACCAAGUCCGUAGGAUUCUUGUUCAAAGUAAGGGUACUACGAAGAAAGUACAAAGAGUUGAAAAAGAAGUUGUCACGAACACGGAUGAUGUCCUUCUGGAUACUGGUGUGACGGAUGACUGGGAUGCUAAUUGGGGCAAUGAAAGCGAAGGAGAAGCCGAAGAAUCCCCCCAAGCUACGGUGACAACUGGUCCAAAAGCAGAUGACGAGGAUGACGUCGAUGCCUGGGGGCUGGGAGAGGAGGAAGAGGAGGAUAAUGCGAAAGCAAAUGAGGAUGAACAGGACGAAGAUGCCUGGGGCUGGGGUGACGACGUCGAUGAAGAGCCUGGCACUGAAACCCACAAACCUGCUAGCGAGGCUCAGCCCUCAUUCGACAAACAACACAAGGCUCCCGCAGCGGAGAAACACGCAGCAACUAAGGAGAUCACAUUGACGGAACAUUAUACGAUCACCGACAUUCCGGACUCGGUGAUUGCUUUAAUUCAACAACAGGUUACAGAUUCUGCGUCAUUGGCGACCCCAGAGUUAGUCAUCGGAGAUCAAAAGUACAAUGAUAAUUUACUGACAAGUAAUCUUAGAUUUUCUGCGAGCCGUGUUUCGGCUUCAGGAAACGGCUUAUUAGCAUUGCCGACCUUGAUAAUAGCCAUGUUUAAAGCAAUUGCCUCUUCAUUUUACUCUCUGAAAAUGAACGCCGGUCACAUCUACUUAUAUAACGACAGCUUAUAUCUUGCCGAACAAGUUCGCAACCUCAUGGAAGAACACCAACUUACUAGACUUACGGCCGAUGUGGAAGGCUUGGAACGAUUUGGAAAACUUUCUUAUAGCAAGGAAAUGCAAAUGCAACGGACAGUUGUCACCGACUUGCUAGAUGGAAUUCAGGGCUUCGUCCAAUGCUCGGAGCAGCCAUUCCUACGAGAAUGCGAGAAUGCUAUUGACGCAACAGUCGAUCGAAUUCGCAGCAUUUUCAAUGAGUGGCAACCAAUCUUGUCUCAUUCAGCGCUUCUCCAGGCCAUGGGUUCUCUCCUGUCAUCGGUCAUUAACAAAGUGACUAUAGACAUUGAGGACCUGCCCGACAUCUCAGAGGCAGAAUCUCAGACAUUAGUCACCUUUUGCAACAAACUCUCGACGCUGGAAGACAUCUUCAUUCCUGAGCCAGGUGUUGGUGCGACUUCUAUGGCGGCAGUCUAUGUUCGAAACUGGUUGAAAUUCCAGUAUCUUAUAAAUAUAUUGGAAAGCUCACUAGCGGACAUCAAGUUCUUAUGGACAGAAGGAGAGCUGCAUCUGGAGUUCACUGCUGAGGAGGUCGUUGAGUUGAUAACGGCCCUUUUUGCGGAAUCUGACCACCGGCGAAGGACUAUUUCUGAGAUUACGCGAACACAUCGAUGA